AUGGAAAUUGAAAUUGGGUAUCGAGCGAUCACAAGUGCUUACUACCGAGGAGCGGUUGGUGCUCUACUAGUAUACGAUGUAACCCGUCAUGCUACUUUUGACAGCAACGAGAGGUGGUUGAAAGAGUUGAGAGACCACACCGACCCAAACACUGUUGUGAUGCUAAUCGGCAACAAAUCAGACCUCCGUCACCUACUUGCUGUGUCUACCGAAGAUGGGAAGGCAUUAGCCGAAAAAGAGUCCCUCUAUUUCAUGGAGACUUCUGCAUUGGAAGCAACCAAUGUUGAAAAUGCUUUUAGUGAAGUGAUUACACAGAUUUACCGAAUUGUGAGCAAGAAAGCGGUUGAAGCUGGAGACGAGGGUGCUUCUGCAUCGGUUCCUUCAAAAGGAGCAACGAUCGAUGUCACGGAUGCAUCGUCGGGUGGUAAAGGGUUCGGGUGUUGCUCGAAUUAGGUGUUGGUUUGUAUUGUCUUCAGUCUUGUUCUGCAUCAAGGAGUGUUUGAGAAUCUUGAGCAGGUCAAAGGGGUGUGUGAUAGUUUAAGAUUUAUGAACGGGUCUUGAUCUAGAAUGUGAAAUAUAUUGAACUUGACUAUUUAUUUUUAUUUUCGAUUUAAGUUAAGAAU